AUGGUCGGGAUGCGGCGAUCGAUGCUGCUGCUCCUGCUGCUAGUGGCGACACGUGCAGGCGCCAUGGACAUGCAAGCUCAAGAGAGUUUCGACGAGAAAGACGUUCUUGAGCUCAAUGGAAACAACUUCCAAGAGGGAAUCAAGAAGUUUAAGUUCGCCCUUGUGGAGUUCUAUGCUCCAUGGUGCGGUCACUGCAAGAACCUCGCUCCCGAGUAUGCGAAGGCGGCGACAGAGCUAGCAGAGAUCCUCCCGACCGAGAGCGAGUACCUGGGGAAGCUCUACGGGGUAGAAGGUUUCCCAACGCUCAAGUGGUUUGUGGGAGGUGUGCUGUAUGACAAGAACCCCAUGGUUCGGCGCAAGGAGGAGAUCGUGCGGUGGGUGAAGAAGAACAGCGGGCCUCCCGCGAACAAGAUUGAGGACGAGGGGCAGCUGGAGGAGCUGAAGAAGCGAAGGUUCAGCGUUGUCGGAUUCUUCCAGGACGAAAAAUCCGACGAGUACAAAGCGUUCCUGGAGGCAGCGGAGGAGGAUCAAAUCUACGAUUACUUCGUCGUUCACAAACCAGCGCUUGCUCAGCAGGAGGGCGCCAAGGAGCCAGCGCUCUUGUUCUACCGUGACUUCGAUGAGAACAAGGUCGUGUAUGACGGCAAGUUCGACAAGUCGGAGAUUUUGAAUGCUGUCAAAGUGCAUGCCAGGUUGAAAGACGUCAUUCAGAUCUUUUUGUUCAACCCCAACGAAAAAAGCCUGUCAGCCUUCAAGGAAGCCUCGGACCUCAUGCAAUUUAGGGGCAAGUAUAUCUUUGCGGUCAUCGGGGAGCAGGUGGAGCAGCUGGCGGAUCCAGAGUUUGCCACUUUCAUCGGAGCAGAGAAGGGAAAGAAGGAGAGCGAGCUCUUCAUCUUGAACGUCCAGAACAUGAAGAAGUACCGGCAACAGGGUGUGGUGACGUUGGAUGCGAUCAAAAACUUCUUGUCGGACUUCGAGAACAACAAGGCUCCGAUCUUUCUCAAGUCGAGCCCUGUGCAGGAAGGAUGGGACAAGGGAGUGGUCAAAGAGCUCGCGUCGUCCCAAUGGAAGGAGUUCGUCAACCAGGCGGCUGAGUAUUUUGACGACAAGUACCCUGGGGACGUGAUCUUUGCCAAGAUGGAUGGGACCAGCAACGAAGCUGAGGACAUCAAUGUUGGAGGCUUCCCGACUGUCCUCGCAUUUCCCAAGGGAUUGAAACAGCAGCAGCCGAUAGACCUCUCGGAGAAGAUGCGGGGACUCAAGGACAUCGUUCGCACUGGCGAGGACGCGUACGAAGCAGCGGCUCUGCGCUUCAAGGCAGCGGUGAAGAAGCUUCAGGGCUCCCUUGAGCCAGCAGCAGUCCAGCUGAACAGAGCAGCAGAGCACAUCGAGAAGAUGGUGGAGGCAGCGAAGGCGAAGCGCCAGGAGCUGUAA